UCAGAGCGCCCAAUACAAAGGUGUGGCCUUGUGGCUGUUUAAAUGGAAAAAGAGGAACCUUCGUGGAAAGCUGCUAUAUUGUCAUCAUUACUUGAACGCGAUAUUGUUGAAAAGUCUUUUUUUAAUGAAAUUUUUGCUCAGUACAACUCAAAUAAGGAACUUGUGGUACAACUAAAGGGAGAAAACACACGGCUUGUACGUGAGUUAACAUUAUGUCAACAAGAAAAGUCUACGGUACAGCUUGAAUUUGAAAAAAUGUAUGUUUUCUUCAUUUGAUACAAAAAUCUUUAGAAAGUCCGUCAAAUCAUACGAUUAUGAACAGAAAGUGUUUCAUCUUCAAGAAGAGGUUACUGAGUUACAUCGUCAAAAAGGGAAUCUGGCGCAAAAUGUCAUUGAUUUAAACCGAGUCCUUCAGGAAAAAGACACUUUGCUUCAGUCAAAGUCUUUGAAGUUGGUUUCACAGUUAUUAAAAUGAGCUGUUCAGGAUUUCAGAGUUGGAGGAGUGCCUUAAAGCUAACCAAAAGCAGAAUCAUCACCUGAUGGAUAAGGUUAAGGAGCUGGAAGAAACUAAAGAAUUGCUUACAGAUGAACAGGCUUCACACCUAAUGGCCAUGAAGGCACUAGAAACUAAAAACAGACAACUUGAAGAUGACAACCUGCAACUUAUAAAAAGAGUCAAGUCUCUACAAAAUACUGUUGAAAGGUUGAAGAAUAUAGAGUAUGAUAUACAGUAUAGAAAAACUCAAGAAACUAUCCGUAAGAAUCUUCAAGAUGCAGUUAAUUCAACCAUAUUCGUCACUGAUGGUGAUCGUUUGGAUAAACCAUUACCUUGCAAGUCUGCACUUCCACGUAAUGUUGCUGUUAAAAUAGAUGCUAAUGAAAGUGAAGUUAACAGUGUCCGAUUCACUCCAUCAGGCCAUAUUUUCGGAUCAGCAGGAUUUGAUCGUAAACUGCGGUUAUGGACGUUCCUAAACGGAAAGUGUGAAGUCCAUUCAACCCUCGUUGGUUGUAAUGCUGCUGUUACGGCUAUAGAUUUCGAUCCGAAUGAAACUGCUGUUUUAGGCGCGUCAAGUGAUUUUUCGUGUCGUGUAUGGACAUUAAAUGAUUCCAGACUUCGAGUUAACUUGACGGGACAUUCUGAGCGUGUUAUCUCUGCUAAAUUCAUUGGCUCUGCUAAUCGUGUUGUCACUGCUUCAUCAGAUAGGACAAUCAAGAUUUGGGACGUUGACAAGUGCUGUUGUAGGCGUACCAUAAUGGCUACCUCCACAUUCCAAGAUGUAGUUGUUUGUCCCUCUAUGUCUGCCCUUGUUACUGGCCACUUUGAUCAGCAUUUGCGGAUCUGGGAUGAACGAUCUGGAGAAAAUACUAGUAAAAUUUUGCUCUCUGGACGCAUCACUGGUAUGGAUAUAUCUUCCGAUUUCACAACUGUUUUAGCUUGUACACGCAACAACACUUUAGAAAUUGUAGAUUUACGAACGAAUCAAGUUAUUCAAUGCCUAAAAGCUGAUGGUUUUCAAACAGGUUUAGACAUAGUUCGCCCAUGUUUCUCACCUGACUCAGAUUAUGCAGCUGCUGGUGGACAUGAUGGGGGAGUAUAUAUUUGGAGUACAGUUUCAGGGAAUUUAGAAGUCUGUCUUCGUGAUCACACAAAUAUUGUCGUCUGUUGUCAUUGGAAUCCGAAUGGUAAUUCUCUGGUUUCAUGUGAACGUAUCAAGAAAGCAAUUGUUUGGUCUAGUUUGUAAAGGUUCAUGAUUAUGGUGUUUAUUUACCCACUUACAUAUAGUCUUCCAAGUAAAUAUUCUCUUUAUUCUGACAACUUUAAUCGCUCCAAUUGUCAUUUGUUUUUGUCAUGCUCUUUCUCACCAGAUAUUUUCCCUUAUUUCUUUCUCUCUCUCUCUCUCUCUACAUUUAUUUGUGAUUUUCUAUCACAUAAGUGAUAAUGAUUGUAAUAGGUUUCGUUUGAUGUAUAAUUAUAUGAAUCAACUUACUAUUUAUGUAUAGUAUUCGUGAUUAACUUAUGUUUUAUUUAAACAAAGAAAGAUGAUAUUG